GUCUUCUCAUGUGAUCGUUUGACUGCAAAACUGUGUUGACAUAUCCGUCAUGUCGAACAGGUACCAGAUAGUGGUGCAGGGCGAGGCAUCCGAGACAGACUCAGAUGAUGAGAUCUACAUCACCUCCCUCUCAGCUCCCCAGAGUUCCAUCGUGGGAGCCAAGGUUGCAGGUGAAGCUCCUGAAACUGAUAGUGAGGAUGAGGUAGAGAAGGCGGAUCCAGCUUCUGCACUGAGUCGUGAAAAGACUACGGUACUAAGUCGAGAUCUACCUCCACUAAUUGUAGUGCGAGAUCACCCUGAUAUACAGUCAGUAGUGGAAGAAAGACCAAGUCCGACACAUAGGCCUUUUGGAGAUACAUUGUUACAGCAGAAGUUGCACGAGUCUAACAGCCGGCUCUAUUCUGAUGUGGGACAGAUGCUGCGACACGUUUAUGGCAGUGCCAGCAAGGAGGUGCGCAGUGCAACAGUGCAGCUUAACACAUCACAGAGCACCAUCAUCAGCGCUUCCCACAGCAUCAGACUGAUUUUGGAUGACCUGAAAGCCAUGUCUGAGAAGAUUGAUAUCAUCACCAGCUGUCAGAUAUUACCGGAUAUUAAGAUCAACCAUUCAGAUGAGAAUGCCGCUCCUUUAUUUGAAAGAAAUGAAUAGCAAUAGAUGUUAUGGAAGCGCAGUGUGGAUGUUUUAGGUAAAAAUGUGUACAAAGUAUGCAUGCGUGCAAGUCACAUUGUUUACCAGCUUAACAUGGUUUGCUUGUUUGUAAAAGACGCACUAGUAUUCAUGUCUCUGAUUUGAUGAAAUAUAUAUUUAAUAAUCAAUGUACUUUUGUUCCAUCUCUUUUAAACAACAGUAGUCACACUUUUAAACUGAAGGCCUUUUUUCUGUGUAUAUAAUGUGUUUUAUUCUAUACGUUGUAGAAUAGAAAUAAAAAUACAAAGAAAACAAAUAACACAUAUCACACAUUACUUUUGCAGUGAAAUCUUGGUUAGCGUCAUUAAUCUGCUCCCAAAGGUCUGAUUCUAACCAAAACGGAUGCUAACCAAAUACAUUUUUCCCAUAAGAGAUACUGUAAAUCCAAAAAGACAAAAACGUUUUUAUAGUUUUGCAAUUAUAGUUUUACGUGCAGAAAGCCGUUUGAAAUGCACAUAAAUACAUAAAUGAUGAAUGAAAGGGAUAAAUGAACAUUUAUGUUUACCUUAAUUUAAAACGUGAUUCUUGACAUGAUUGUUUCCAAAGACACAAUGUGGCAGCGAGUUCAACACGGACACCACCUUCCUGUUUUGCCAUGGGUUAUUUCUUGAAUUGUAUAGUGCGUCUGACCUCAAUAACCCCAAAUGGACCCAAGGAAAGUUGCAAGUGCGAGCAUUUGAUAAAGAAGGUGAGAAACACUAUUGAAUUCAAUAAAUAACAUGAAGGUGCUGUCCGUGUUGAUGUCGCUUCUAUUAUUGUGUCUUUGGGAACAAUUACAUCUUCAAUGAAGGUAAAAAUAACCUUAAAUGUUCAUUUAGCCCUUUCAUUCGUGAUUUAUAUGCAUUUAGAAUUGUUAGCGUGUAAAACUAUAAAAACAUGUUUUGUGUUAACAUUUUUGAGAGUCGAUCGCAGAUGGCAUCAUAGACGUGCAACGCAGCUGACUCCCGUUCCUGUUUCCACGUAGUGGCAAGCUAAUAGGAUGCUGACCAGGACGUUUUGUGACAAAAAAUACAUCAAGAGCACAGCUGGACUAACACAACGUAUUAACAAAAUGAAGCAUUGUGUGACGCGUGCCAUAUUGUACGCUUGAUGGUCAUUACACUAUCUCCCAUCAAUGGGUGAUGGUGUAAUGACCAUUCUUACCACAUGAUGGCAUCACUAGUCCAGGCAUGUCAACGGAUCUAGUCAUUGACAACAUCCUGGGUUGUGGGGUACGCCAAUUGUCGUUGGGGGCACGUGAAUUAAAAAAUGAAAAACAAUUAGCGCGGAACACUCACAAUUACGAGCGCACCUGAACCCACCGUCAUAGCAGAAAGAAGGAAGGAGACACGACGUGAAGUUCUUCAUUGCUCUGUGUGAGUUAUAUGAAUAAGUAAGCACGUUUGAUGAUUAGGUUGUGUCUUAAGAGUGUUUCAUCUUAACGGUUUAACUGCUAUUGGUGUUCCAAUCCCCGCACUGUGAAAGCCUGUCAAUGUAUGUGCGUGUCAGGAUGAGCGUUCGGAGGUUCCCCUGAAAAUGAGGUUUUAUCGCUGCUUGUAGGUAUUUUUGUACUUCGGAUAUUACUUUAUCAUGUUUGUCCAACUUUCCCUUUGUUAUCAAAUUGUUAUCAAAUUAAUAUAUGCAGAUUUAAAUCAUAGCGACUGCAAGUGGACAAAAGUGAAGCUCAAGUUCAACCCAUUCAAAGGGAAGGAUCCCAACAUCCGGCUGAAAUAAAAGAUAUGUAGAACGAAUACUUAUUUUAUUCAUCCAAGAGAAAUUCACAUCUUUUCUAAUUAUCAGUGCUCAUGUAAAACUUUCUUAAAAUUUGACCAUGCACAAUACACAUUUUUGAACCAGAAUUACUAUAAAAUUAAUUAACCAAUUAAACAUGUUUAAUAUUUCAAUUUCAUUAAAUGUAAAAAUGGUUUAUGUUUUUUUAAGUGUGCAGCAGUAGGGGGUACAUGGCUUCAAGUCAAAUGUCCGAAGGGGUGCAAGACUGUAAAACGUUUGGGAACCGCUGGUCUACAUUAGUGAUUAUUAUGACUCUGUUUCUUCAGCUCAGGGGUGUCAAACCCAACUUUGUAUCUUUCUUAUUAUUUAUCCUGAAAUGUUCAACACUUUUAUAUUUCUGCAUAUUGAAAGUAUUAAAAGCCUUAAAAUCUUCUUGUCCUUGUAAACAACAUAAUUACCUCCACCAAGCGCAGCGCAGAGGUUAUGUUUUGGCCACCGUUUUUCUGUUUGUUUGUGUUCAAAAUAACUUGAAAAGUUCAGAAUGGAUUUGGAUGAAAUUUUCAGGAAUUGUCGGAAAUGGGAUAUGGAAGAACUGAUUAUAUUUUGUAUUCAGGAAUUUUUUAAAGGAUUAUUUAAGAUUGCGAGAUAGGACCUUUUUUGGCAUUUAUGCAUAUAACUCCACAAAAAAUGGUUAGAGCACUUGGAAGAAAAAAUAGAGGACAAGUUCUACAAAAUAUCAAAGACUGAUCCAAAAAAUGGCGCUUGGCGGAGGUCUGCACUCCCCGAGUGCUUCUCUAGUUGGUGAAUGUAGCACACUCAUACGCAUCAUCAGUGCACACACACAGAUGCUUGUUUGGGGUUAUGAACAUGACGGGAUGUGUCCCAAUAAUCCAGACUGAAAAAAUAGUAAUUAGUAUGGUCAGAUUUUGAGAAAAUGUCUCAUUAGCACUGACGAAUAGGUAAGUAAGCAGCCUACACAAUGCCGGGACUGGAACAUACCAAUAUAAUGCACCCUUGUUGCGUUUUCAGGUUGGGACAAAGUGCGCAUGGCAGCUGGUGAAUGUGUCUUUAUGUGGACAUACGUUUUUAAUAACUUAAUGUGGAUGGACUUUU